AUGCCAAGAAAGGGAAAAGCAUCCCAAAGAUCCAGAGAUAAAGUUCAUCGCAGAUGGGUAGCAGAGACUCCCUCAAAGGACGGUAAGGAUUCUGUUUCAGGUGCAGAUCCUUUAAAUGCCUUGAAGUUGGUACCUCUUCAAGGAAGUCUGCCUAUCCCUGAGAGGGGUAACAUAGCUAUGUCUGACUCGCCAGUGUGCGUUUGUACACCAGAGAGUGUACCUUCACCAGUGUGUGAAGCAGGGCAGGCGCCACUAACUGACUCGCCGCGAUGCGUUUGUACACCAGCGAGUGUACCAUCACUGUCAGAAGUGGGUGAUGCAGUUAGUAGGACAAAUCAGAAAAGGUGCAAGAUUCAAAAUGAGGAAAAUAUACAAAACAAAAAUGAGAAAGAAAUACAUGAGAACAAUAUAGAAAAAUUGAAGAACAAAACUGAGAAAGAAUUACAUGAGAACAAUAUAGAAGAACUGAAGAACAAAACUGAGAAAGAAAUUCAUGAGAACAAUAUAGAAAAACUGAAGAACAAAAAUCAGAUAGAUAUAUAUGAGAACCAUAUAGAAACAUUGAAGAACAAAAUGGAGGAUAUGUCUGAGAACAGAAUGGAACAGAAAUUUCAAAAUAACAGAAGCCAGGAAUCAUGCCAACAGGAAAGAAAUAUUCAAUUAGAGAAUGGGAAAGAAAAGAGAAAUAAGGUACAAUUUGGUAUGAGUAUUGGCACUGGAAUAUUUUCAUCUCUGCAAGGAAACUUUCAUCAAGGUUGUACUGAAGUAUUUGGAAUUACAAGUGGUAAACAAUGUGUGGCUAAUGCAUUAUCAAGCAUAAUUUUUUCAAGGGUAAAAAAUCAAAAUGCUUGGUUGUCAUCAGACAUUGACAAGAUUUUGACAACUGGAAAUGAACUUUAUGGUUAUCUGCAAGCAAGUUCAACUGUGCAGAAUGAAUAUUUAUUGAUAGAUGAAUUACCAAAUGAGAUAGAAGUUUAUGACAAAUGCUUUUCUGUGCAAACUUUUGAAUCGCAAGUUGGUUUAAUUGGUUAUGAUGAAAGAUUAAGAGAUGAUGUCGAAAUGUUUGGUAUGUCCAUUUUAGAGGCAUUGCAAAGGUCAUUUGAAAUGGCAGAAUGUUCAUUUGUUUGCUUUGGUGGAAACACUUUUUCUGUGAUGAAAGUUGGAAAACAAUACUUUCUUUUUGAUUCCCAUGCACGAGAUCAGAGUGGAUUACUUGAUGCUAAUGGAAAAAGUACAUUGAUUGGAGUAGAGACACUGGAAGGUGUGGCACAACAUUGUUUGCAGUUGGCAUUAUCUCUCUCUGUUAACCAGAAUUCUCAAUUUGAAAUAACGCCAGUAAAUAUCAUUGAAUUAGGUACUGAUGACAUACACAUAGUAGAGGAAAGUUCAUCUGAUAGAGCAGCAGAAAUUGAAAAAGGUGAUGUCCUUCUAGAUAGAUAUUUUGAUGAUCAAGAAUGUAGACUGAAAAAUAUGGUCAAAAGAAAGGAAAAGGAAGGAAAAAUCAGAUAUUCCAGAAAUGAGUACAUUAGAAAUUACAUGAAAAAUUGGAGGAAAAAUGAACAUGCUAGAAAUAUUGAGAAAGUAAGAGACAAAUUGGCAAAGCAAGAAAAAAGAUUAGACAAUACAAAAAGAACCAUUGAGAAAGAAAGGGACAAAACAGCAAGACAAGCCAAAAGGUUAGACAAAGAGUCAAGAAACAUUGAGAGAGGAAGAGAAAGAGCAACAAAACAGUUAAAACGAUUAGACAAAGAAAUGAGAUGCACUGAGAAAGAAAGGGACAAAAAUGCAAGAAAAGCCAAACGGUUAGACAAAGAGUCAAGAAACAUUGAGAAAGAAAGGGACAAAAUAGCAAGGCAAGCAAAACGGCUAGACAAAGAGUCAAGAAACAUUGAGAAAGGGAGGGAAAGAGCAACAAAACAGGUUAAACGAUUAGACAAAGAAAUGAGAUGCAUUGAGAAAGAAAAGGACAAAAUCACAAAGAAAAGAAAGAGAAAUGACCCAAUAUUUAGACUUUCUGAGAAAGAAAGAGAGAGAAAUGCUAAGCAAAAACAAAGAGCAAAUAUAGACAUAAUGAAUAAUGAACAUGACUGA